AUGUCUACCAGAGCGUAUCCUGAGGAUCACCCAUAUCCUGUUUCAAAGCUGCCAUUUUUGGCAGCCGGGAGUACGCAUAAAACAGUUCGGUUGUUUCUACGAAGCUUCAUCAACCCCAUCUAUUUGCAUGCACGCUCUCUUGAAGUCAACUCAGUCCUUCCUUCCUCAAAACUAAUCUCUCCUGUUUCAAGUUUUCUGUCCCAACCAUAUUUUGCAUCUAUGGCAUCUUUUUCCUCGUCCCACAAACAAGGUGAGGAUCGUCCAGUUUUCUCUGGAAUCGAACCUCCCAACAAGAGGAGGAAGGUUUCUGAAUCUUCAAGAUUAUAUGAUGUCUUCAUAAACCACAGAGGCCCAGAUGUGAAAAACACUCUGGCUCUUCAACUUUACAACUUCCUUCAGAAUUUAGAAAUACAAGCGUUUCUUGAUUCGGAAGAGAAGGAACUCGGAGUUUCGUUUCCAUCCACUAUUGAGACAGCCAUCCGCUCCGCUGCAGUUCACAUAGCCAUCUUCUCCAAAGGAUAUGCAGAGUCCCCAUGGUGUUUGGCGGAGCUGGUUCUCAUGUUACAAAGUAGUGCUAAGAUCAUUCCCGUUUUUAAUGACGUGGAGCCUUCUGCACUAGGCCACAUAGAAAAGGGAGUGUAUGGCAAAGCAUUCAGUGAAUAUGAAAGUAAGAAGAGGUACACUGAAAAACUUGAGGAGUGGAAGCAAGCCCUUCAAUCUAUUUCAUUUAUUGCUGGUGAAAAGUUCAACAGAGACUACGAGAAGAUGGUGUUAGCAGUGCAAAAGGAAGUACAAAGGAGGAGAUUUCUACAUGUUGCCAAAUACCCGGUAGGACUUUCUAAGCUUGUGGAACAUUUUGAAAGGCACUGCAUUGAUAAGCUUGUACAAGAUUUUGAAACUCAGUUUGAAAUGAACGAACAAGGAGAAGUUAAGUCAAAGAUUGUUGGUAUUUUUGGCAUGGGUGGGGUGGGAAAAACAACUCUCUCCAAAGAAUUGUUCAACCGUAAACGUUCAGAUUAUAGUCGAUCAUGUUUUUUGUUUGAUGUUCGGGAAGCCCCUGUGAAAAAGGACCUGCAUUCUUUGCAAAUGAAGCUCCUCAGAGAACUCUUUGAUGAAAGAGACCGUCCAAGCUUUUCAAGCGUAGAGGAUGGCACGAGCUGUCUCAGCAAUCAUUUCACAGGGAGCGGCAAUCCGAACUUCCUAAUUGUCCUAGAUGAUAUCAAUCACCAGGAACAGUUAGAUGCCCUAUUGGUCAGUGAUGAGCUCAAUAAUUCUAGCAAUAGUCUGGUAAUUGUUACAACUCGUGAUGUAGGAGUUCUCAUAAACGCAGGAAUUACUGUUGGUUAUCAUUUGAAAGGAAUGGAUACAGAUGAUGCUAAAGAGCUGUUUUGUUGGCAUGCGUUUAGCCAACCUUAUCCAUCUAGUGGAUACGAGAAGCUGGUUGACCUCUUCGUAGACGUGUGUGGUGGCUUACCUCUGUCUCUUCAAGUUCUCGGCAAGCAUGUUCAUGGCGAAGAUCAGAAGUUUUGGGAGUUAGAAUUGAAUAAAGUUACAAAGACGCUGCCUCAAGACAUACACAAAAGAUUAAGAAUAAGUAUUGAGAUGUUGGACAAUGAAGAAAAACAAAUUUUCAUGGAUGUUGCAUGUUUCUUCAUAGGAGAAUUGACUAAAGAUGCCAUCAGAGCGUGGGAGGGAUCGGGAUGGAGCGCUCAACAUGCACUGCUAAGACUAAAAAAUAAAUGUCUGGUUGAAGAAAUAAAAGAUUAUAAAUUCAGGGGACAAUUUGAGGAUCUCUUCGAAGAUUCCAGAGAAGAAAUGCUUGUGUUGAGAAUGCAUGACCACUUGCGGGACUUGGGACGAGAAAUGGCAGAUGAACUGAGUCAUCCUCGUCGCCUCUGGCGUUCCCAACACCUCCAAUCUUUGAAAUCAAAGGGAUACGAGAAUAUUCUCACCAAAGCCAAUUUUCGGUGUUUGCAUUCUUUUUCGGAUGCAUCCAUGGGUUUCACAAUUAAAUACUUUCUAGAGGAAUCGGACAAUAUAGUUGAGACUUCAACCGCUUUACUAUGGCUUGAGCUUAAUUAUUGGACGCAUACGCUCCCAAGCAUUCCUCCAUGGAUUCCUCUUCAAAAUUUGCAAUAUUUACAGAUCAGAGGUGGAGGUCUGGAAAGUUUGUGGCAGAAUGAUGUUCAGGUCCCGUUCCAGUUUAAAGAGCUGCGGAUCUACCACCAAUGGGAGCUGAAGAAGUUAAGUUUGGGGUUUCUGCGCUUCCUGGAAGAAAUUACAAUACAUGAUUGUAAGAAUCUGAAAAGUGUCACAGGAAUAUCUGAUCUUAGGAAGCUAGUAGAAUUGAACAUUGGAUUAUCUGGUCUUUCGAAGCUAGUUGAAUUGAACAUUAAUAGCUGUCAAAAAGUUGAGGAGUUGUGUCUUGUUCAACUCAGCCGUCUAGAAUUUUGUUUAAUUUCUGAUCUUCUCACACUGAAGAGGUUUGAAGUAAAAGGUUGCAAAAAUUUGGUGACUAUAAAUGGGAUAUUUUGGAACCCAGUAAAAUUGAACAUUUACGGCUGUCCGAAGCUGGAAAAAAUACCAGAUAUAGUAAAAUUGCAUUCAUUGGAAAGAAUGCAGCUCUUGUAUUGCAGCAAUGAAACAAUUCGGAAUUGUAUUCUUAACAUGGAGAAGCUGCCGUCAAGCUCUAUUAAAGUAAUUGAUAGAGCAGUCGAUGGAGCGGAGUCAAUUCUCAACGCAAAUCUCUUCUGCGACUUUAUUAGGGCCAAUUCAAUUAUUGAAAUUGGUACCGAUAACGCUUGCAAUUGUCUGAGUAGAUGUACGGUGAAAGCAAUCAUCUUAUGCGCUCUGGUUGUGGUUAAUACUCCUACGGCAGCAGAGACAAUUAAUGACUUCAUCUAUGAAUGUGAUAUUAAUCCCUGGCUAAAAUUUGAGGUUCGCCACGGCGAAUGGAUAAUUACCUCGGUAACCACCAACCAAGAUGAAAUAAAUAGUUACAUUGCUAGCAAGGGAUACUGUUUUCCCUUUGACUACCUUGGUUCCCUCGAGGAUGUAAUGGUGAAAGGGGUGACCAUUCCCGUGAUGAAAGAUGAAGAACAUAACAUUUUGAAAGUGUCACGUAUAAUUUUGUAUAAGCUCUACCAGACAUAA